AUGGUGCAGCAAAAUCAGCUAUCGCUCUUCAGCGUGACAGAGCUUCAAGAUAGGGCACCUGAUGGUUACCCUGUGAGCUGUCCAACCCUCGAUCUCUCCGCAACUUGGGAUGUAGCAGACAGAAAUCUCCUCGUGUACAGGCCUCCUGGGCAAGUCGUCUCCAAGAUUCACCAAGUUGGUGCACCAGGUCAAAAAGCGCCGGACGCCCAAGCAGUGACUUGGAGAUCUGAUGGCCAAUUCCUUGCUGUUGGGUGGAGUGAUGGCUUUGUUCGGUUGAUGGGACUCGAAAACAACAAGGCUGCCCAUCAUCUCAAAGUUGGAGAUACGUCCGGAAACAAGAUCACGCAUAUUGGCUGGGCAAACAGUAGCAUUGCCGACAACAGUUCGAAUGUGGUAGACCAAGCCCUGGAAAACAACCUGGGAGAUGGGUUGGCGCCUGAUGGAAAUAGCCUCCCGUUAGAUCUCCCACGUGAAUUGACAUUUCUCGAGGUCGACACGGCGUUACCCAAGAUCAGCCCUCUCCCGAACAGUAGUGCUGGCGCAGGAGAAGACGCGUUAGUGUUCACAUUGCGCACUGGUAUAGAAUUUCUCUUCCAGCCCCCAAAGCCGGAGGAGUAUGACCAGGUCAGCGUCAUGAUUGUAGGGACGAGCGAUGGGCAGAUUCAGAUCAGUAUUUAUGACUCCUUCAUCAUCGGGAAUUUUGAGCGUCCCAAAGUUGUCCCUUCAUCAAGCUCGCAGCUGAUCCUUCAUGCCUCACACCCGAAAGUAUCGACUCAUGCGUUGCUUUUUGCAGACAAAGCAGAUGAGCCAACAGACGUACAUUUGGUGCCCAUAGACAUGCCUUUCAUCCACUCUUCCCCUAUCAAUCUAUCUCUUCUUGCUUCCAAGUUGACUACACUCCAGAAGCUAUUAAGAUAUCUCAAGCAAUCGCAGCUUCAUAUGCAGGUCGAAUGGCGAAAUACGCGGGAACUCCCUACAAGAUUUCUUCGAAGUAUUGAAGGUGAUCUCGAAAACCUUGAGACUGGCCCUCGAAGUGUCGUUUCAGCUUUAUACCACUUAGCGGUGACAGGUCAUGCCUAUGAGCCUGUACGUGAGUGGCUUGUUGAGAGUCUAGCAGAACGAGGACAUAAACGAUGGGACAAAGCAGUAGUCUCUGGGCUAGAGGGUCUUCGAAGCUUGGUCCACGAGAACUAUCUCCCAGCUCUAGAUCGCUGUGCAAUCAUCUUGAGCAGGUUGCGAGGCUUGGCUCAAUAUCAUCAUACUCGAGAUGACAUUGGUUUUGCAUUUGACCAGAUUAAUCGUUUGAUGGAUAUUGUUCAGUGCCUUCAGCUCGUUGGACACAAGAUUCUAAUCAACGUUAUGGAUGAGCUGGAGAACUUCAUGGCAUUCUCUACUUGGCUUCGCUUUCAGAUCGACCGACUCGCUUCUUCUAGCUCCAUGAGCGAGGAACUGACCGAGAAGGAGGCAACUAUGGAUGUGGGGAAAGUCUUGACUUAUAUCGAGCAUUAUCUUACCGACAGCCCUCUCAAGAUAUUCUUCGAUGAGAUUCGAAGCGAAGAAUACGAACAAACUUGCGGGCAUAUAGAAAGUGGCUCAAGUCUUCUUCACAUUCUUGAUCAGCAGUUGAUGAAGUGCGAGAACGGCCAGCCCGACUUGCAAGCACUAUCUCGUGUCGAAUUCCUGGUUUCAUAUGUAACAAAUCAGGCAAAUCGCACUUUCAGUGGUAUUGCAGAGGCAAAGAAGCGCAGCGUCCGACUUGGAACCCCAAUCCGACUUUCGAUCGGUGGUCCUAUAUCACACAUGGAUAUGAGGAUGAAUAAAACGAAAAAUCAGGAAACGAGUGUUAUGACUGCUCUGGCAAGCAAGGGGACCAAGAAUGAAGUUCAAAUCUUCCAUGUUGGAAUCGAUAUUACCAACGGCAUUAGCACCAACAGGUCCCCGUCGAGCUGCCGCAUUGACCUUGGAACACGUACCCUCAUCGCAUUCAAAUUUCUCAACGACGAAACGCUUGUUAUUAUGUGCAACGAUCAAGAUAAUACACCGCAAGUAAUUUGCGCACCAAUCCAACCAGACAAGCUUUCAUAUAGUGACUACGAUCCCGACAAACCCGACAAAACAUCUUGCGUGUCAGUUGACGGUUUCACGGCAUAUUCUUUCCCUGAGAAAUCAAUAACCAGGCCUUUGCGUCUCGAAGUCAAUGACAGGAAUAGUGUGAGGGGUGAUAUGCCUGCUCGAGUCUGUGUGCUGGAGAGCAACCGCACCACGCUCAAGACAUUUGCAUUUCCCAGCACACGGUCUUAA